AUGCCAGCCUCUACCUUUCUCACACUAAUUUUGCCCCCCAACUGUUUGUUCUUUCUCUUAAUAGGAACCAUGCAAGUCCAAAGACUAUUUCUGGUAGCCGUCUGGAUCCUGCUGCUGUGCCCUCGGGGUUCCCCAACAAGCAUCGGGCACCCUUUGCCUGUACCCCUCAAAGAUAACCCCCUCUACCUGUCUCCCUCGGGGAGUAACACCCCAGAGGUGAUCAAAGACAAGCCUUCGUGGUCGGCUCCCGCCAAAUCUUCUCAGGAAGAGAGGGAUUAUGAUGAUGACUAUCUCUUCACCACGGACCCUCCGGAAAUGCCCCGCUCCCCACAGAUGCCCCCUCCGCACUGCGACUACCAUCACUGUCACCAUCUUCAAGUACCCUGUGCCGAGCUGAGAAAAGCCAGUGGGUGCUUGUGCCCGGGCAUCACAAGGCCGGAUGUGGCCCCGGAAGCGCCGCACCUGCAAACCAUCCUCGUUAGCGAGGCGGGCGUCAGUCUGCAUUGGUGUGCGCCAUCUUCUCCCGUAGAGGAAUACCACGUGAUGUACCAUGCGGUCGGGGAGGCCUCUGAGUCCGGCCCGGCCCUCAACAGCACCUUCCGGUUGUCGACGAUAUCGGGGUUGUUACCCGACAAGCAGUACGUGGUCUGUGUUGUUGCUUCCAACCGGGCGGGUCACAGCCCCACAGACGAUGGGCAGCAGGAGCACGGGCCCUGCCGUCUGGUCCAUACCCCUCCUCGUCAGAUGCCCUAUGUCUAUGUGGCUGCGGGGCUGGCUGCCACCCUGAUCCUGGUGGUGAUCUCAGCCCUGGUCUGGCAUUUCUGCAUACGCCGGAGGAAACAUUUGCUCCACGGAUCCCGAGACAAUAUUUUGGAUGGUCAGCCAGGCCUGGAUGGCACCACAAACAGCACUUUCCGGAGCGAGGAACACUUAUAACAG